GAAGCCGCAGUAUCAUUUCCACUGGUGCGAGUGUGGGGCUCGCUUCGUCUGUUCGUUUCGACAGAGUCGGGCCGCUUGCGGUAGCUUUUUUUCUUGUCGCGUCGUCCCCUUUGCUCGGUGGUUGUUUCUUUCGAGUGAACAGCAAGACAGCGGACUUGGCGGCUGGGUAACGCGUAAGUGACAGUGCCCCGUGCCGCGUAGGGGGGUAUCGGCUCGCGACGAUCUCCACGGGAAGAGGACGGAUUCAUUUCUCAGAUUCGUCGGGUCGCGGUGUGUUUACUGUUUGGUGAAUGUUGCACAGUGAGCCGCGGUGUCUUGUGCUGCUGGAUUCGUGAGUGAACGAUUGGGAAAAUCGAGUAGGGAGAUGAGACGGGAAGCAUUGACAGAAGCAGAGGCUGCCAGUCGCGAAUUGGGUUACGUCCCGUUCGCCUGGCAACGAUAUAUGACGCAACUGCUACCCUUCGUCCGUAGCAGCGGUCCUCGUGAUCUUUACGCGCCGCGUUAACUGCGACAGGACUCUAAUAAGCAAAACGCGUCCCCGCCCCGUCGCGACCCGAUUGCGCAGCUUGCAAGCUCUUGGAGGUUAGCCGAUCGCGAUUAAGAAACUUGAACGAAAGCGACAUCCACGGACAGCCAGCCGGAUCAGCUGUUUCCCAGGACGAUUCCCUUUCGACUACCCUUGGUAGCCCAAAUGCCAGUCCUGCACGCGAGCCUUUCGGAAAGCACCGUCUCGAGAGCUCCUUGGUAUCGGGACAUUAAGAACGAUGUUGUCGUACAUGCUGCCUACCGAGGACAAACCACCACCGGGCGACUCGAAUCAGGGCGGCUACCGUGCCAGUAAAUUGCAGAAGAGUUCCCGCGAACGACCUCCGAUCGGUUCGAAGCCGGCCGGCAAAGCGGUCAUCGUUUCACCGAAAAAGUACCACGACCCCGGCAGGAUGAUCGUCUCCACGAAGAUCGAGGAGCAGAACGAGGAUCAGCACGGGCUGGUCAACGACAGCCCGAAGCACAACGGCACAGUGGUAAAAAAGUCGACGUUGCAUACGUCGAAAGUAACCAAAGACGACAGUCUGUACAGUAUAAACAGUGACGCGAGUACCGUCGGUAGCGAUCGGAAGAACAAAAUCUUCAAUGGAGCGAAGCACACUAGUCUAAAGAGAGUUUCCUUCGGCUCCAGCAAAGGUUCGAUGGUAGAAACUCUAGUAUACGAAACGCCCGUUCAAGAGGAGCCAGAGAUUAAUCGAUUCAUGGACCACAACGGACGCAUACCUUCCAUGAUCACGUCUGUACCUGAUACCGACGAAGGUAGGGAAAUGGUACGCGUGUCGUUGUUAGGUCCGCAACCUUCACCGACAACGCCCGGCGUAUUUCAGGUGCAGCCACUCGUGAUAUCCAGGACCAUACCGAUCGACAUGGACCCCAUCCAGGCCGAACUCCUGACCACGCACACCGAGCACACGGCUCCAGCUUAUCACACGCAAAUAAGCACGGACAGUGGUUGGGAUAAUCCGUUCAGACCAGACGGCGACCUGUCGAGGGAGGCCGACGAGAUAGUGGAAUUGAUAAAGGGCGGGAAGCCCAUAACUCCGACCCCCGGGCAGACGGCUCCGCCGUUGCCGGGAUGCGACGCAAGCAACGCGCAGAUUACCGACCACGACUCCAGUUCCAGUCCGCUAUUGAAGAACUCGACGAAUCGGCACGCGAACUCGUCGCCGAAACCGGGCCAGGAGAAUGGAAACGCUCAUGGCACCCCGAUGAAAGCUGCGACCGGAAACAGUCAGCAGCCCGUCAAUGAGAGGGUUGCCGCGUCGUCAAAGACAGCUACGGUGGAAGUGGCCAGGAUGACGGCGCAAGGACCAGGCGACGCUUCGCAGGUCGAACACGUCACCUUGAAGAAAAAGCCUAAAUGCAAAUGUUGUCUCCUGCAGUAAUGGAAACGAGGCAAGAGCUAUCGCGUCGGAUGUCUCAAUAGUCGGACGAUUCUCCGUCAUUGAAGAUUUAUCGCAAUCCGGUCGCGUUUCGUGCCGCGGGAAUCGUAACUCUUCCCGCGAACGGAUUUGGGAAAGGGUGACGCGUCGCGUCCUAUUUUCCCCCCCGAAACGAAUUCGCGAAUUUCCUUGUGAGAGUUGGGAAGAUAUUCGCAAAACUCCCGAUACCGGUUGCGGUAUGAACAAUGAUACGAAGUGAAUCGACACGGAGGAUACCUGAAUGCGCGUAAAAGCACCUCUUGAUAGCCUUUCAGAGAAAGAGAGAGAGAGAGAGAGAGAAAGGAGAGCGAGAGAGGGAGAGAAAGAGGGUCUAUAAACUUUAUAGUAUAUAAAGCAACAGACUAUAUAAAGCGGAGAGAGUAAAACAAAUAUAUAUAUACAUAAAACUAUAUUGUAGAUACAGAAAUGGUAGUUGUAUAGCUUAUAUGCUUUUACUAUUGUGGUUAAUUACUGUCAAAAUUAUCGUGAAUACCAAGAAUGUUUGUCCGCAUGCGAAUGACGAAAACGAGAGAGGAAACGAAAGAGAGAGAGAGAGAGAGAGAAAAGGGAGUUGCACACGGAACGUCUAAAGAAGAACUUAACGGAAUACUAUUAACUUCGUUGGUCAUCGAUAUAUUAAUAUUAUAGAUUCGUAAACUCUCGUUUUUACUAAAAAAUCUCAAGAACCUCUAUAGAACAGAACUUUUACGAAAUUUUUUAACAUCGAGUAGAAGAGAAAAAGUGUGCUGAUGAAUGAUGAUCGUGAGAAAGGAGAGAGAAAGAGAAAACGAGCGAGCGAGCGAGAGAAUGGAAGAACUCGAUCAGGUGAGUGAAAACUUUUAAGCCGGCCGUAUUUUUUUCGCGAUUAAUCAUAAGCAUGAGAAAACGCGUAGAAUUUUUCCUUUCUCCUUCCGGGGAUGAAGGUGUCGUCUAUUUAACCGCUUUACUUUGACACACGGAUCUUUUCUAUUCCAUUACCGUUUCUUUCCCUACACCUCGCAUCGAACGUAAGUACGAAAAGGAGGGAGAGACUUGUAAUUACUACGAGCUGGCGCUCGGCGGUCCACCCGCGUGAGUAACUAUUAUUCAGGAUCGUUAUUGUACGUGAAAUGUGUAAAUACCGUGAUAUUUUUUUGAAACGUACGAUUGUCGGCAAAGCUGCGGCACAAACAAUUAAAUUGCGAGCCAGGGAAAACUAUACACGUUAAUCAUCGUUGAAACGAUCUUUUAUUAUAAUUACGUCUUUUAAAAUUAUUUAUUUUAUCUUUUACUUCGACGCCACCCUUCGCAGCUAUUUUAUUCCAAUUACAAAUUACAAAUAUGAAUUAUCAAAGGGUUGGCACGUUUAAAAGAAUGCGAGUAUAAUGCGAAACGAAUAUAUUCUAAAAAGGUUUCGCUGAAAGGGUAACCGUUGAUCGGUUCCGAUGUGUAUCUAAUCAUGUGAAGGGGAAACGAUAUAGGAUCGCGUUUCUUACACGUAACGCGUGUGGGACGAGGGAACAAUCCACCCCUGUAUCGAGCGGUGCUUGAUUUUGCGUUCGGUUGGUGGGUUGUGCGUGGGCUGCGUGUUUGCGCGAGUGCCUGUGUUUUUUUAAUACACAUAUCCGCGUAUUUUUCCUAGACCGUCGCGUCGUGCCGCGCCAGGCAAGACGCUGCGGUUACGUAUUAAUUUUCAAGGGGAGGGCAGAAAGCUCUCGCUUCAUUUCGAAUGAUCGUACGCAGUCGUCAGUUGUACGGUACAGAGUGUAAUAUAAAGUUGUAAGUAAUAGAGGAUCCUGAAUAAUUUACUCGCGUCCUCGCGAUCGGCGUCUGAACGAAAGUAGAGCAUUGCGUGUACGUUAAAGAGUAUACAUGUAUAUACGUACGCAUACACGAACAGUUGAAGAGUAUUAAACAUCUUUCCGUGA